GCGGUGCCGAGGUGUCCCCCGCUCAGCCCCCGCCGGCUCCAACCGCGAGGUGAACUGACAGGGCAUGUUUGGAGUUUAGGAACUGAGUUCGGAAGUUUCCGAUCAAGCUAUUUCCCAAGUCUUUACUGCUGAGCCUGUGCACGUGUGUAUCAGGGGGAAAAUUGAGGCAUCAAGAUGUAGACUUUUAUCCAGAUGCUUGGGGUCGUGUCUGCUCAGCCGGAAGCAGGCUGGCGCGCUAGCGGAGUCCCCAACCCUGACCUGUGAACAGGAAAAUCUCUUUUUUGAACCACAUAAAAGAGGACUAAUGAAAACACCUCUGAAAGAGUCCACUGCAGCAAAUAUAGUGUUGACGGAGAUACAGCCUGACUUUGGCCCUUUGACCACGCCUACCAAGCCCAAGGAAAUCUCCCAGGGAGAACCGUGGACACCAACGGCCAACCUGAAAAUGCUCAUCAGUGCCGUGAGCCCCGAGAUACGAAACAGAGAUCAGAAAAGGGGGUUGUUUGAUGGCAGAAACGGAUUACCUGAGGCUAAAGAUUGUUUACAUGAACACUUAUCUGGAGAUGAAUAUGAGAAAUCCCAACCAAGUCGAAAAGAGAAAAGUUUAGGAUUGUUGUGUCAUAAGUUCUUAGCACGAUACCCUAAUUACCCCAACCCUGCUGUGAACAAUGACAUCUGUCUUGACGAAGUAGCUGAGGAACUUAAUGUUGAGCGGCGGCGCAUUUACGACAUCGUGAAUGUCCUAGAGAGUUUACACAUGGUGAGCCGCCUGGCCAAAAACAGGUACACGUGGCACGGGCGACAUAAUCUCCACAAAACCCUGGGGACUUUGAAAACCGUCGGGGAAGAGAACAAGUACGCCGAGCAGAUUAUGAUGAUCAAGAAGAGAGAAUACGAGCAAGAGUUUGACUUUAGUAAGACGUACAGCCUAGAGGAUCAUAUCAUGAAGUCAAACAGUGGCCACGAUGGACACGCGGACAUGUGUUUUGUCGAACUCCCUGGAGUGGAAUUUCGGGCAGCCUCUGUAAACAGCCGCAAAGAUAAGUCUUUAAGAGUGAUGAGCCAGAAGUUUGUGAUGCUGUUUCUGGUGUCGACGCCUCAGAUAGUGAGCCUAGAAAUUGCUGCCAAGAUUCUAAUUGGGGAAGACCACGUGGAAGAUUUGGAUAAAAGCAAGUUUAAAACAAAAAUUCGGAGGUUGUAUGAUAUAGCUAAUGUUCUGAGUAGCUUGAAUCUUAUCAAGAAAGUUCAUGUCACAGAAGAAAGAGGCCGAAAACCAGCUUUUAAAUGGACAGGCCCAGAAAUCAGUCCAAAUCCCAGUGGAUGUGGCCAAGUCCUUCCUUUUCCCCACUCCGAUCUAGAAGCGAAGCGGCCUUCGAAAGACAACUGUGCCAAAAACCUCUUUUCCACGCGUGGGAAACCAAACUUCACUCGACACCCAUCUCUUAUCAAACUGGUUAAGAGCAUAGAAAGUGACCGGAGAAAGAUAAAUUCUGCUCCCAGUAGCCCCGUGAAGACAAGCAAAGCUGAGAGCACUCAGAAUUCGGCACCCUUCCCAAGUAAAAUGGCUCAGCUCGCAGCUAUUUGCAAAAUGCAGUUAGAAGAGCAGUCAAGUGAACCCAGCAAGAAAGCGAAGGGACAGCAGGAAAGAUCCGGGCACUGCAAACCAGCGUCUCCUCUCCGCACCCUGGCAAAUGCUGAGCUGGAGCUGACGGCCCCGCCCCUCAUCCAGCCCCUGGGGGUGGUCCCCCUCAUCCCCAGCCCAUUGUCACCUGCGGUGCCUGUGAUCCUACCUCAGGCCCCUUCGGGCCCAUCCUAUGCCAUCUACCUGCAGCCUGCCCAAGCCCAGACCAUGACAGCGCCCCAAGGCCUCAGCCCAACAGUCUGCCCCGCCCCCUCUUCUAAAGCUACAAGGUCAAAAGACCCCACAGAUGCCACCACUGAGAAGGCAGCCAGUGACGCCAAAUCGGGUGCCCCCACCAGGCCUGGAAGCUUGCAGCCGGUGCCUGACAGACCAGGUGCAAAGAACCGAGACCAGGAGUCUGCUGGGGAAAGAGGCUCAAAGAGGGCAAGCAUGCUUGACGACAGUGGUUCCAAAAAGAAAUUUAAAGAGGACCUGAAAGGACUUGAAAAUGUCUCCGCAACCUUGUUCCCAUCAGGAUACCUGAUCCCUCUCACCCAGUGCUCAUCCCUGGGGGCAGAGUCUAUUCUAUCUAGUAAAGAAAACUCAAGUACGCUUUCCCCAAACCACAGGAUCUACAGCUCCCCAAUCACAGGUGUUAUUCCAGUGACAUCAUCUGAACUCACUGCUGUAAAUUUUCCCUCUUUUCAUGUAACACCUUUGAAGCUAAUGGUCUCACCAACCUCCGUGGCAGCUGUCGGGAACAGCCCGGCUCUCACUUCGAGCCACCCCGUUCCCGGCCAGAACCCCAGCUCAGCCAUUGUAAACUUCACACUGCAGCACUUGGGACUCAUCUCCCCCAGUGUGCAGGUGUCUGCGAGCCCGGGAGCCGUUCCUGUGUCUCCAAGAAUAGAGGCUGUUAGUGUUGUACCAGAAAAUGUAGGCACUCAGCAAGGAAGGGCCACCAGGUACGACUCUCCAGUCCCAGGCCAGAACCAACCGAGUGGACAAUCAGUUGCUGUGACGGGGACACCACAGCCUGUUCCUGUGACACCCAAAGGGUCACAGUCAGUGGCCGAAAGUUUCUUCCGCACCCCAGGUGGACCAGUGAAGCCAAUGGGCGCAUCCUGCAUGGAUUUCGAUGGUGCUAACAAAACCUCCGUAGGAACUCUCUUUGUCCCACAGCGAAAGCUGGAAGUCUCAACAGAGGAUGGCCAUUAGUUGACAGCUUUGGCUUUAUUUAAUUUUCUAAAGGGUUGUCUAAUAGAGAAGGUUUAAUCAGACUGAUUUGGAGAACGCAUUCUCUGAAAAUACUGUAAAUACGUUGGGGGUUUACUUAAUUUCAAAGCAGACACUUGUUUCCCUACUUACACACACACACACACACACACACACACAUAUUUGUACUAAGUAAAUUUCAGCCAUCAGUCCUACCAGAUAAAAGCAAAAAGUUGAACGUCAGGUGUAUUAACUGCCGAGGGGGGAAGGAUUCGUUGUCUCAGCUGUGCCUAUGCUAUUAUGCAAAGUAACUAUAUGAAAGUCGACUUCCCUUUGCGUGAAUAUGUGACAUGCCCUAUGCCACAUUCUCUUCAACUUUGCACAAUGAACACGCUGCAAUGUAUAAUGUUGUAUUUUUAAAUGGGAGGGCUAUAGCUGUAUUUUUUUGUAAUUUCUUUAAUCUGUUCUCGUUGCAGAUUGUGUCUUGUGUCCUUUUGUAAAGUUUGCAACAAUCCUCAAUCAAGUCU